AUGGGUGCGUGGUGUGCGAGAGAGAGGAAGUGUGCGUGGUGUGUGGAAGAGAGGAAGUGUGCGUGGUGUGUGGAAGAGAGGAAGUGUGCGUGGUGUGUGGAAGAGAGGAAUUGUGAGGGCUACGCCUCCCUUAAAUCCACCACUGGAAGUGUGUGUGCGGGAGAGGAUGUGUGUCUGUUAGAGAGAGAGAGAGAGGGGGGGAGUGACAAAACAACUCACCUUGUAACAACAUCAGCAGGAACGGGACUCAAGAUCAAUUUGAAGAAAACAGAAUUGAUGAAGAUCAACACCACUGUCCAGUUACCAGUCACAGUUGGUGGUGAGCCCAUCAAAGAAGUUGAGUCUUUCAUCUACCUGGGGAGUGUGAUGGACAGACAGGGUGGUACAGACCGCGACAUCAAGUCAAGAAUUGGCAAGGCACGAGCAGCGUUUACCAUGCUAAAGAACAUAUGGGCCUCAAAGAACAUACGCAUUACUACCAAACUGCGGAUCCUCAACUCCAAUGUUAAGUCCGUCUUGCUGUAUGGAGCAGAGACAUGGAGAAUGACCAAAACAACCCUGCAGAAGAUCCAGACAUUUACAACACCUGUCUCGGGCGCAUCUUCAACAUCCGAUGGCCUGAAAAGAUCACAAAUGAAGAACUAUGGAAGAGAGCAGGGCAGGAACCCAUAG